AUGUCUCCUCCUGUUUCUGUUUACAGUAUUAAUGAUACCUUAGCCCGUGCUGCUGCUCUUCACAAGAGAUUUCUUUCAGCUGCUUUGGCUGAAGCACUUGAAAAAAAAACUCCCAGUGAACAACGAAUUAUGAUUGGUGAGUCGCUCUACCCUUUGGUGGAAUUACUCGUGCCAUUGUUUGCACCAAAAAUCACAGGAAUGCUUCUUGAACUACCUCAAGCCGAAAUCUUUCGGUGCUUAGAAUCACCAGAAGCCCUCAAGGAGAAGAUUAACGAGGCAAUUGUUGUUUUAAUGGACUGUUAUCCCAAAGAGAUGAAUCUAGACGAGCAGGAAACUAAAAAGUUCCGAGCAGCCAUGCUCUCGUCUAAGCUUUGA